UUGGGUGCGUGAGACUGAUGGGACAGAAGCUCAGGAUUCAGUCUGGAGCGUCAGAGAUCAGAGAUCCAGAGACACACAGGACUCAGAGCUCAGCCUCACUUUACUCUGUUAUACUGACGCUCAGGAUCAUGAAUCCACUGAUCAAACCUCUGACUGUAACGCUGGAGAACAGCAGAUGCUGCAGACGCCGCUGAAGAUGUGCUCCGUCAAACUGGUGGACUGCAGGAACCUGAUCGAGAGCAGAGGAGAAGAAACCACCGCAGAGAAACAACAACAACACACUGAUGAGGAAGAGGAGGAGGAGGAGGAGGAGGAGAAUAAUGGGGAGGAAGAUGAAGGUGGUGAUGAUGAUGAUGGUGUCUUUGUUCCUUUAGACAAUGCUGGUUCGUCAUCUGCUGGAGAAACUGCAUCUACAUCCAAAGAGCAAUGCACAGUGACGGACUGUGGAAAGACAUUCAGCAAACACGGUCAUUCAGUGAGACAUGAGAAAAAAGACACAGAACAGAAAGACUUCAUUAGCAAGAGAUGUGACAUCAGUUUUCCGACCUGCAAAGAGAGAACACUUCAUUCAAAAGAGCACGAAGUGAAGGACUUUCACUGCGAACAGUGCAAGAAGGAUUUUUUCACCACUACUUAUAAUAUGAAAGUUCAUAUGAAGACACAUGAGGAAAGGUCCUUCCAGUGCAAUGAAUGUAACAAGUUUUUCCACAACAAUAGUAAUCUUACUAUUCAUAAGAGGAUCCACACUGGUGAAAAGCCAUACAAGUGCCCUCAAUGUGAGAAGCGCUUCAGACAGGCAUCUAACCUGAAAGACCAUCUAUUUACACACACCAACGAGAGACCGUUUCCGUGCAGUGAAUGUGGCAAGUUGUUCAACACCAAGCAAAAUCUUUCUCGUCAUAAGCGAAUCCACACGGGUGAAAAGCCGUACAAAUGCCCUCACUGCGAGAAGAGCUUCAGCGAGGCAUCUAGUCUGAAGAAACAUGUGCGUUUGCACACCAAUGAGAGACCGUAUCAGUGCAGUGAGUGUGGAAAACAUUUUGUGAGCUCGGGUUCUCUGAAUUUUCACAAAAAAAUACACUCUGAUGACAAACCGUAUCAGUGUUCACACUGUGAGAAACAUUUCCAUCAUUUGAGUCACAUGAAAACCCAUGAGAGGAUUCAUACCGGAGAGAAACCGUACCUGUGCUCCGACUGCGGGAAGAGCUUUACAAGUUCAUUUGCUUUCAAAGUUCAUCAGAGAAUUCACACAGGAGAAAGACCUUAUCCCUGUAGUGAUUGUUCAAAGAGUUUUUAUAGCCAAAGUUACUUAAAAGUGCACCGGAGGACUCAUACAGGAGAAAAACCUUUUAAAUGCUCACUCUGUGACAAGACUUUUGCUAUAUCACAUUCCCUGAAGAUCCAUGAACGAAUACAUACAGGAGAGAAACCUUACUGCUGCUCCAUCUGCGGAGAGAGAUUUGCUUAUAAAUGGGGUUUACAGAGCCACAAGAACAAGCACACUGCUCCAGAAUCAUCAUAGCUUCAUAAUUUAAGGUUGUGUAAAAAUGUAGUGCCACAGGAACAUUACUUUCAGGUUGUAGAAAAUAACCCUUAAACUAAAAUGUCUCUUGAAUGUUAUUUACUGGGUAGAAAUAAAUAAUUUUGAUGUAAAAUU